AUGGCGACCGAGCAGCAGUUGUCCACCGACUCCAAGUACGAUCAGUACGACUUCCCCACCACCGCCCCCGAGUCGCAGCCUGGCCACCCGGGCCACACGACACCGGAGCAGGAUGCGAAGGUGCACCAGUUCCGCGCCGAGCUGGAGCAGCUCGGUUACACCGACCGAUUGGACACUCUGACUCUGCUGCGGUUCCUGCGGGCUCGCAAGUUCGAUGUCGAGGCGGCCAAGACUAUGUUCACGACGACAGAGAAGUGGCGCAAGGAGUUUGGCACGAACGACUUGGCCCGUACCUUCGACUACAAAGAGAAGGAACAAGUCUUCCAAUAUUACCCGCAGUACUAUCACAAGACCGACAAGGAUGGACGCCCCGUCUACAUUGAGAAGAUGGGUAAGAUCGACCUCAACGCCAUGUACAAGAUCACCACCGGUGAGCGGAUGCUGCAGAACCUCGUGACCGAGUAUGAGAAGCUGUCGGACCCUCGGUUGCCCGCGUGCUCGCGCAAGGCCGGUAAGCUGCUGGAGACGUGCUGCUCGAUUAUGGACCUGAAGGGUGUCGGCAUCACCAGCGUUCCCUCCGUGUAUGGCUACGUCAAGCAGGCCUCCGACAUCUCGCAGAACUACUACCCGGAGCGUCUGGGCAAGCUGUACCUCAUCAACGCGCCCUGGGGCUUCAGCAGCGUGUUCAGCGUCGUCAAGGGUUUCCUGGACCCUGUUACUGUCAACAAGAUCCACGUCCUCGGCAGCGGAUACCAGAAGGAGCUGUUGUCUCAGGUCCCCGCUGAGAACCUCCCCGCCGAGUUCGGUGGCAGCUGCAACUGCGAAGGUGGCUGUGAGUUCUCCGACAUGGGCCCCUGGCUGGAGCCCGAGUGGGCGCGUCCCCCCAAGUGGGCCGCCCCCAAGGAAGACAAGGAGGCCGACAACACGGUCCAGAACGAGGAUCCUGGUUACGAGAAGAAGGAUACCGAGGGCCAAGAUGGUGCCGAGACCACCGCAUAA